AUGGUUGGAAGUACGCUAGCUCUCCGGUCGAAGAUGGCCUCGCCGUCCGCCAUGCAAUUGUCGUCGCUGUCGCGCAGGUCGCUCACGACGCGAUCCCCCGUCCAGACCCUGCGCUCAAGACAAUCCGUAACCCAGCAAGUCGCUCAGCGUGCUGCUCGUCGCCCUUACUCCGAUGCUCCUCCAGCGGCCCCAGCUCCUAAGCCCCGGAAACGUUUUCGCUUCCUCCGCUGGACCUGGCGUCUGACUCUGUUGGCUGGUGUUGGUCUUGCCGGCCAGCUCGCUUACAGCGUCUACGACCAGCGUCAUCCCAUCGAGCAAGCCCAGCCCGACCCAAAUAAGAAGACCCUUGUGGUCCUUGGAUCCGGAUGGGGCUCUGUUUCUCUCCUCAAAAAGCUCGACACUGAAAACUACAAUGUCGUCGUCAUUUCGCCGCGAAACUACUUCCUUUUCACCCCGCUUCUGCCAUCAUGCACAACCGGUCAAGUCGAGCACCGUUCGAUUAUGGAGCCGAUCCGAAGCAUCCUCCGCCACAAGAAGGCCCAUGUGAAGUUCUACGAAGCAGAAGCUACCAAGGUCGACUACGAGAAGCGCGUUGUCUACAUUAGCGACGACUCGGAAAUCAAGGGUGACAUUUCUCACACCGAGGUUCCCUUCGAUAUGCUUGUCAUGGGUGUUGGUGCUGAGAACGCUACCUUCGGUAUCAAGGGUGUUAAGGAGAACUCCUGCUUCCUGAAGGAAGUUGGAGAUGCCCAGAAGAUUCGCAAGCGCAUCAUGGACUGCGUCGAGACCGCUAUGUUCAAGGACCAAUCUGACGAGGAGAUCAAGCGUCUCUUGCACAUGGUUGUUGUUGGUGGUGGCCCGACCGGUGUUGAGUUCGCUGGUGAGCUUCAGGACUUCUUCGAGCAAGACCUCAGGAAGUGGGUUCCUGAUAUCCAGGAGAACUUCCGUGUGACUCUUGUGGAAGCUCUACCCAAUGUUCUUCCUAUGUUCUCUAAGCAGCUGAUCGACUACACCGAAUCGACCUUCAAGGAGGAGUCCAUUACUAUCCGUACCAAGACGAUGGUUAAGAACGUUACCGACAAGUUCAUCGAAGCUGAGGUUACCAAGCCCGAUGGAACCAAGGAGCUUGAGACUAUCCCCUACGGAUUGCUCGUCUGGGCUACUGGUAACGCCCUCCGCCCUAUUGUUCGCGACCUCAUGAGCCAGCUCCCCGCUCAGAAGAACUCUCGCCGUGGUCUUGCUGUCAAUGAAUACCUAGUCGUGAACGGCACCGAGAACGUUUGGGCCGUUGGAGACUGCGCCAUCACCAACUACGCUCCUACUGCCCAGGUUGCUAGUCAGGAGGGUGCUUUCCUCGCCCGUCUCUUCAACACCAUGGCCAAGACCGACGGCAUCGAGAAGGAGCUCCAGCAGCUCUCCGACGCCCAGUCCGCUGCCAAGGACGAGGAGAGCCGCAACCGCAUCUUUGACGAAAUUCGUGAAAACCAGCGACAGCUGCGAAGAACCAAGCAGAUUGGUCCCUUCCAGUACUCCCACCAGGGAAGUCUGGCUUACAUCGGAAAGGAGCGUGCGGUUGCAGACAUCAGCUGGCUGAGUGGCAACAUUGCAAGUGGUGGAACUAUGACCUACCUCUUCUGGCGUAGUGCUUAUCUGAGCAUGUGCUUCAGCACACGGAACCGUGUCCUGGUCACUGUUGACUGGAUCAAGGCCAGACUGUUUGGCCGUGACGUGUCUCGCGAGUAA